UCUUCGUUUCCAUGCUUGAUGGUCCACCUUAUUUUCCACACUACAAUUAUAAUCUCAACAACUUUUCACUUCCAUUGUGUUUUUUUCUUUGUGGGUUCACAGAUUCUGAGCUCUCCACGCUCGCUCUCCAUCGCUUCCGAGCCUUCAGAUCUGAAAAACUGGUUCCCCAGCUACCAAUAUGAAUCACCUGCACUGAAUUCCAAUUCUUUUCUCGAUGAUACCGUUGUCCUCGAAACUGAGAUAGAAGAAAACUCAGGUGGGUUCGAGAGAAAUGGAACAAAAAAUGAAGCUUUUAUUCCUAAGAACGAAACCCCAAAUGGGGUUGUGAAAUGUGGCAGCUUUUCUGGAUAUGAGCACGAAAGCCAUUUGUUAAGUAAGAUCCCAAGUUCUUUGGAAUCAACUUCGUUGGUUUCAGAGCCCACCGACAUCAGAAACUGGUACUCAAGCUAUGUGUAUGAGUCGCCAUCGUUGGAUGCAACUGAUGGUGUUGGAAAUUCCAUUUGCGAAGUGAGUAAACACAAGGAGGAUGGCUUUUUGGUUAAAAACAACAGGGGAAAAGAAAAGGUUUCGGAGGAUUUUAGUACAAACAGAAGUGAUUCUGAAGAGGUUAAUGGGAGAGCUCCUCAGGAGGAAAGGCAGCUUGUAGGAAAGACUCCAGGUCCUUUAGAGCCGCCUUCACAACUGUCAGAGCCUACUGACAUCAAAAACUGGUUCUCAAGCUAUGUGUACGAGUCUUCCUCCUUUGAUCCAAGUACAACUGAUGGUUUUCGAGAUACUGUUUGGAAAGAAAACAAAAGUGGGAAGGAUGGGUUUCUGGUUGAUAACAGCCACAGAGAAAAUGAAGAGGACUUGGAGGGUUUUAAUGAAAAGAGAAGUGAUGGUGAAGCGGUUGCUGAUUUACAGUCGGAAGGGCUUGCAAAAUGCAUCACCUCUUGCAGAGAUAAUAAGCAGAAAACACAGCCUGGUCGCCCUAGGGAUGGAGUAAGUGAAAUCCUGCCUAGUCAGAAUGAUUUGUGUCUCAAGCAUAUGCCUAAAUCGUGGCAAAACCAACUCAUCGCCCCAGCACAAGAUGUCGAAAUAUCAAUCUUGAAUAAGGAAAGUUGUCAAUGCAAGCUAUCGCCUAAGACCUUCAAGGGAACCAAAAUUAAGCCAUCGAACAAGGAAAGAAGUUCAUGCAGGAACGACGAGAAGUCUUCACAAGACAUGACUCCUAGCAAGGCCUUCACUUUACAGGAGAACUCCGAAGCAGAAUUCCACACAGAAGUUGAUUGUAUAUUAACUGGAAGUGAUUCAGAUUUAAUUCCAAGUGGAGUGUCAGAACGAAAGCCAACUCAUGGAAGCAGAGACAGAAAAGAUGAUGGAAAUGAAAUAUCGGAAAAUGGUUUUAUAACAACUAGGAAAGGCAAACUUACAAGAAACAAUCAGGAAAAGAUUGUGGAACGACCACAAGAGAUUAGUAAAAUGACAGCUCCAAUAGUCGUGAAAAGAAAAGCCUUAGCAGAUGCAACAAAUAUUCAUCAUUCUCCUGCGGCGGGGAUUACAGGGAAAUGGAAGUGUCCUCAGAAAAGUAAGCCAAAUCGAGGACCCGCUUUGAAGCAGCUUCGACUUGAGAAAUGGGUUCGUAAGUUGUGAAAGCUUAGCAAUUGGGUGUUUCGACAUUGAGUAGAUUACGGUGGAAUGUAAAUGAUUCUGAUGCCAUGAUUGAUUAGGCUAAUUGCUCAUAACCAACGUCUAAAAUAUCAAUAUUAUCGGUGAAAUAUUGCCGAUAAUAUCGUUUUUUUGCAACAGCGAUAUUUUCGUAGUGUUCCACUUGAUUAUCGUGAUAAUAUCGCGAUAUUAUCGAUAAUAUCGCUCUCUUUCUGUUGUCGCAACUGCAGCCGAGGCUCUGUUGUCUAGCUGCCAAGAUCUACGCCUCUCCCCCAGUCUCGCCGUUUGCCUCUAUGUGCACCAUGACUUUUUUAGCUGUCGCGACUCCUUUCUCUGAAAUCCAUCGAAGAAGAGGAACUCGCAACUCGAAACGGAAGAAGAGGAAACAAUAAAAAAGGGAAGAAUUUACAGAGGGAAAACGAAAAAAAAGAAGAGGAAACAGAAAGAAGGUCCAUCGAUUAUUAGAGAAGGAAAGUCAAGAUUUGUGAUCGGGAAGUGAGAUGUGGCGAGACCUCGAAGGAUCCAAAGAAGAAUCUAGAGAGAGAGAGAUAAGGAAAUAAGAAAAAUUGGGAAAAAAGUAGAGUGGGAGAGAGGUUUGGUUGGAUUGGGGAAGGAAUACAGAGCUCAGAGUAGACAGGCAGGAGGAUUGAGAGAGAGAGAGAGAGAGGGGAGGAGAGAGGAAUUGAGAAGAGGGAGUGAGGUGUGAAGACUGAGGAGAGGAAGUGUAAAGGGCACGAAAACAUUAAUAGUGUCUUUGUAAAUUAAUAAAAAAAAAUGUAUCUGACAUUGAAGGACACAUGCAAGUUGGAUGGACACCAAAAGCAUAAAAGUCCUGUUUUUCAAGGCAUCAUGGGGAAGGAUGCAAUGAUGCAGGCACCUCUUCAUGAUUUUAUUUAUGAUUUUAUAGGUUUCUGAUCGGUUUUGGUGCUCCAAAGUUCAAAGUGAGACACCAAUCCAAAU